GUCUUCGUGAAACGAACCCGCAACCCAGACUGAGACAACUUCCUUCAGGGAAUGGAGGUGAGGGAGAGAAAGCUCUCAUUCUUCUUGUCACUGGGUGGUUCCUUGUUCCUCGUAAUCUCGUUGGAUCAAACGUUUCGAUAUCGAAUGCACAGACAUGAGAGAAGAACAGUCCUUGUGGAGUCCAAUAGAGAGGAAAUGCCUCUCUCUUCUGCAAAGACGGAACACCUGGAAUUUUCUUCUUCAAAUCCAUGCUUUUAUGCUCAGAAAUGACCUUCAAACAAAUGUUAAUUUGCUCACCAAAUUCAUCAUUGUGUGCUCUUCGGUUGCAGUUAAUGUUAGACAGUGUGACCCAGCGGCUGGAAUCAGGCAUGCUCGCUGUGUAUUUGAUCAUCGAUGUCACAGGGAUGACACAUUUCUCUGCAAUUCCAUGAUUAGAGCUCACGUCGACAGAAACCAAUUUAAAGAGUCUGUGACCCUUUAUAGAGGCCUUCGGAGCAAAACCCUUUUCGCCCCAGAUGACUACACGUUCUCAUCCUUAGUGAAGUCCUGUGGAUUCAAUUUGGCCAUUAAAGAAGGACAGCAGCUCCAUAAUCAGGUGUUGAAGAUGGGUUUUGGUUAUGAUUUGAUCGUAUCAACUGGAAUUGUCGAUAUGUAUGCUAAACUUGGAAAUAUGACAUUGGCCAGAACCUUGUUCGAUGAAAUGCCUUACAAAAGUCAAGUGUCUUGGACAGCUAUACUAGUUGGAUAUGCACGGACAGGGAAGGUGGAAAUUGCAAGGGAGCUAUUCAAUCAUAUGCCUCAGAAAGAUGCCGCAGCCUUCAAUGCAAUGAUAGAUGCUUUUGUCAAAUCAGGGAAUGUGGAUUCUGCAAGGGAGUUGUUUAAUGAGAUGCCAGACAGGAACGUUGUCUCUUGGACUACUUUGAUUUAUGGGUAUUGCAAGAAUGGUGAUCUCAAAGCUGCUAGAUUACUCUUCAAUGCAAUGCCAGAGAAGAAUCUGAUCUCAUGGAAUGCAAUCAUUGGGGGUUACUGCCAGAACAAGCAACCUCAAGAGGCAUUAGAAUUGUUCAGGGAGAUGCAAUCAUAUGCUUCUCUUGAGCCAGAUAAAGUUACUAUUGUGAGCAUUCUUCCAGCUAUUGCUGAUUUAGGAGCAUUAGAUUUGGGUGGUUGGAUUCACAGAUUUGUCAGGAGAAAGAAACUUGAUAAAGUCAGGAACGUUUGCACUGCACUGGUGGACAUGUAUGCUAAAUGUGGUGAAGUUCUGAAAGCAAAACAAGUUUUUGACAAGAUGCAUGAUAGAGAAGCAGCUUCUUGGAAUGCCAUGAUCAAUGGGUUUGCCAUCAAUGGAUGUGCCAAGGAGGCACUAGAAGUGUUCUUGGAGAUGCAGAAGGAAGGAGUUGAGCCAAAUGAGAUAACCAUGCUUGGGGUCUUGUCUGCUUGUAAUCAUGGUGGCCUGGUCAAGGAAGGGAAGAAGUGGUUUCAAGAAAUGGAGGGGCAUGGCCUCUCCCCAGGAGUCGAGCAUUAUGGUUGCCUUAUAGAUCUUUUGGGGAGGGCAGGGCAUUUGGAGGAAGCUGAGCAAUUGAUUGAGAAAAUGCCUUGUGAGAUUAAUGGGAUAAUCUUGAGCUCUUUUCUGUUUGCUUGUGGCUGCCGUGGAGAUGUUCUUAGGGCUGAGAGGAUGAUGAAAAGAGCAUUUGAAAUGGAGCCAAAGAAUGAUGGGAAUUAUGUCAUGUUGAGGAAUUUGUAUGCUGGGGAGAGAAGAUGGAAGGAUGCGGAGGAUAUUAAGGGAUUGAUGAGGAGGAACAGCGCCAGGAAAGAGGCUGGUUGCAGUGUCAUCAAGGUUAAUGGAGGCACUUGGGAAUUUGUAGCAGGGGACAGAGUGCACCCCCAGUGGCAUUUGAUAAAUUGGGUGCUGGGUCAAUUAUUGGUACAUAUGAGGGGAGAAACCACUUGAUUAUGUAUACAUGGAAUGACAAUUGAGACCUAUUACCCAUUACAACUCAAGAGAGCAUAAGAAGUGACCAAACUCGAGACAGACCUCUAACAAUGAUUCUUAUGAGUAAUGUUUAACAAACACUUUUUAUAGGGAAUAUGUGGUGGUUAACACAGAGUGGUACCUUCGCACUUAGGAUAAUGAGAAUUUUGUAGCUGUAAGAUAUCUGUUUGAUAAAAUCUCUGAAAACAAAGAUCUAUUUCAUAAAAAACUAAGAAGUUUCUUUAUUCAUC